AUGAUGAUGAUCCAAGAGCUCUACAGGCCCGCUGCCUCUUCCUCGACGGUCGCAUCGUCCCACAUGGCGGUCCAGCCGGCCGCACCUAGGCUGCCUCCGCUCGCCUCCUCCCACCGGGCCACGACGGGUCGCGCCGCGUCGUCGAUACACCAUCUCGACAUCGCUCGGGCCACCGACGACGCCGAGACCGGACUCGGCCUCGAGUUCGGGCUCGGUCGACCGCAGUCGAGGGACGCCCGCUCCCGCAUCAACAAGUCCGGCUUCACCCGCUCCCGCACCGGUUGCCUGACGUGCCGCGCCCAAAAGAAGAAGUGCGACGAGGCCAAGCCCAUCUGCACCCGCUGCAAGAACAACCAGCACCAGUGCCGCUACCCGGAUCAGAGGGCGCCCGUCUACGGCAAGGCACGCUUCGCCAUGGAGCGGCCGCCGCACCGCAUCGUCAGAACGAGGCAAGGAUGGGGAGACGUGGCGGCACCAACGCUGGCGAUGACCGCAACGAUGACGGCAACGGCGAUGGCGACGACGCGGAACGUCGCAAGUUUCGACCGUCAUCGCAGCAGCUACGUGGGCGCUCGGCCCGUCGAUACGCCGCCGGACGCGAGCGGCGUGACGAGGGAAAACGUGGAGCUGCGGCAUUCGCCUCGCAGCACGGCAGCCCGUCACCACCCUUACCGAUCCCUCUCGGCAUCCAUGCUGGAUCGCGCCGCGGGCGAGGUCGACGGCCACUCGUCGUGGAAGAAGGCGCAGCAGCUUGGCGAAAAGAUCGCCCGCGAGCCCUUCCGACAGCUGCCCCCGCUCUCGUCGCUCCGGCCGGUCGCGUCCAAGCCGAGCCCGGAGACGGUGGCCAACAUGAGGCUGCCGCCGCUCUCGCAGCCGAGCCCCAAGCUCUGGUCCAUCCCGGCGCUCUCGAUCCCGACGUCGCCGGCGUCGCCGCCUCGAUCGCUGCUCCACCCCGAUCCGCGUGCCCAACGGCCUUCCAGCGCCAGGAGCAGCAGCACCACCGCUAGCGGCAACGGCGACGGCGCCAACAACAAGGUUGUCCUGCCGCCCAUUUCGACUUUUGAUCGCAUCAUCAAGCUCUCGGCGCCUCGAAUCUUUUAA